AUGACUGAACAACAGCCUAUAAAGAAGGAAGAAGAGCCAGUUGGCGACUCGCCUUCUGAUACUUGUGGAUCAACAGGACAGGCACGCGACGAAAUGACGGUUACAAUUGAUCACAAGGGUGAAGGUAAAGGUGAUGGUGACAGUGACACCAAGCAAGAGAAGAAGGACACAAGCUUCAAGUACUACCUCCGUGUCUUUACCUACAAUGAUCGCUUGGGGUGGACCCUGAAUGGGAUUGCUUUCGUUGCGAUGGUUGCAGCUGGCACCAUCUUGCCCCUGAUGGAUCUUGUCUUUGGAAAGUUUAUCAACGUCUUUACCGACUUUUCUACUGGAAAGUUGUCACCUGCUGGAUAUCGAAGUGAGGUCGGCAAGUACAGCCUGUACUUCAUUUAUCUCUUUAUUGCCAAGUUCUCAUUAACAUAUCUUUGGACAAUACUUGUCUCCAUCGCAGCCAUCAAUACCACAAAAUCAUUGCGUGUUGACUUUGUCCGAAGCACACUUCGUCAAGAGGUUGCCUUCUUCGACUCUCCCGCAUCAUCAAUCCCUGGACAGGUCACGACCAACGGAAACCUGAUCAACCAAGGAAUAUCUGAAAAGUUUGGCACCACUAUCGCAGCUCUCUCAACCUUUGUCUCGGCCUUCGUUGUGGCCUUUGCUGUCCAGUGGAAACUGACUCUGAUUGUCCUCGCCAUCAUCCCGGUCAACCUCGUCGUCACUAUUAUCUGUGUUGCCAUCGAUACCGGCUAUGAGUAUGCCAUGUUCGAUGUAUAUUCGAGGUCGAGUUCUUUGGCCGAGGAGGCAUUCUCGACUAUUCGUACAGCCCACGCUUUCUGGGCAUUUCCCAAGUUAUCGAAACGAUUUACCAACACGCUCGAGGAGGCCAAAAGAAUCGGCCACAAGAAGUCCUGGGUCUACGUGGUUCUCUUCCCUACAGAGUUCUUCUGUAUCUUUGCGGGCUAUGGUUUAGCUUUCUGGCAGGGUAUGAGGAUGUAUUCUGAGGGCGAAAUUACUCAGCCAGGCUCAGUAGUGACUGUAAUCUUUGCGGUUCUUGUUGCUGCUACUGCUCUCACUCAAAUUGCACCCCAAACGAUAGCCAUCUCCAAAGCCACGGCUGCCGCGCAAGAGAUGUUUGAGAUGAUCGAUCGUAGGUCACAGAUCGAUGCCCUGUCAGAGGAGGGCGAGAAGAUCCCUGAUUUCAAGGGAAACAUUCAGUUCCGUGGAGUUCGAUUUGCAUACCCCUCGCGUUCUAACGUGACGAUUCUUCACUCUCUGGAUCUCGAUAUUCCUGCCGAUCAAACAACUGCUCUUGUUGGUACCAGUGGAUCAGGGAAGAGUACGAUAUUUGGACUAUUGGAAAGAUGGUAUAUACCGAGCGGUGGAUCGAUCACACUGGACGGACGUCCUGUCGAAAGCUUGAACCUUCAGUGGCUGCGCACUAACAUCAGAAUGGUUCAACAGGAACCAACAUUGUUCAGCGGCACUAUUUACCAGAAUGUUGUCGAUGGUCUAACCGGUACACCCUUGAUCGACCUUCCGGAAGAGGAGAAGCGAAGAAUGGUUAUUGAUGCAUGUCAAUCAGCCUAUGCGCAUGAUUUUAUUGAGACAUUGCCUAAUGGUUAUGAUACCUGGAUCGGUGAACGAGGAGCAUCAUUGUCCGGUGGACAAAAGCAACGUGUAGUCAUUGCUCGAAGCAUUAUCUCCAACCCCAAAGUUUUGAUGCUGGACGAGGCUACCAGUGCUCUCGAUCCUAACGCCGAGAAGAUCGUGCAGAAAGCUCUUAACAAUGUAGCCAAGGGUCGAACAAUGAUUGUCAUUGCUCAUCGCCUGUCUACUAUCCGAGAUGCUGACAAUAUCAUCGUCAUGUCUAAAGGUGAAACUAUCGAACAAGGCUCUCAUGAUUCCCUCAUUCAACAGGGUGGUACAUACUCGCGUCUCGUUCGCUUGCAAGAUCUUGGUAAGGGUAGCGAUUCAUCGUUGGAUGAAGACGAUGAGACAGACAAGGAUGAGCCGGUUGCUGGCCUUGACCCUGUCUUGUCCCGUGCUUCCCAGCAUGCUACGGCAGAUAUCAACCAGAACGACGGAAUCAAUUACGGCCUUUUGAAGGGACUGUAUCUUGUUGUCAAGGAACAAAGGUCUCUGUGGUCCUCCGGGUUCAUUCUUGUCAUCAUUUCUCUUUUAGGAGGUGGCACAUACCCAGCACUCGCUGUUCUCUUCUCAAGGACCAUGAAAGCUUUCGAGACUAUCGAUGUCAGCGAGGCAAACUUCUUCUCCUUGAUGUUCUUUGUAGUUGCCCUCGCCAACUUUGCUAUCUAUGCUGCAGCCGGCUGGGUCUGUAACGAAAUUGGUCAGCAUGUCAUGACUGUUUAUCGCAGCGAGCUUUUCGAUAACACUCUUCGACAAGACAUGAUAUUCUUCGACGAUCCCGACCGCGGAACUGGUGCCCUUGUUUCACGACUAGCCUCCGAGCCUACAAGUCUCCAGGAGCUACUAUCUAUGAACUUAUCCCUCAUUAUGAUCAACAUUGUUACUGUUCUUUCAAGCUCUAUCCUUGCCAUUGCUUACGGCUGGAAGUUGGGACUUGUGCUCACCUUAGCUGCCUUGCCAGUACUUGUUGGCUCAGGAUACGUGCGCAUUCGGCUCGAAUACAAGUUUGACGAAGAUACUGCCGGACGGUUUGCUAAGAGUAGUAGCCUGGCUUCGGAGGCUGUUCUGGGAAUCCGGACGGUUUCGUCACUGGCUUUUGAACGAGCUGUGAUUGACAGAUAUAGCAGUGCACUUGAGGGGCUUGCGAAAGAAGCCAUCGCAGGCCUAGGCUGGAAGAUGUUGUUUUACUCAUUCAGUCAAUCGGCAUCUUUCCUUGCUAUGGCAUUGGGCUUUUGGUACGGUGGGCGUCUUGUCUCCUUCGGCGAGUACACCACAGAUCAAUUCUACGUCAUCUUUAUCGCUGUCGUCUUCUCUGGUGAGACAUCAGCAAUGCUGUUCCAGUACACUACGAGUAUCACCAAAGCCCGAACUGCCAUCAACUACAUCUUCCAACUUCGGCGUCAAAAGGCCCUGCACGAUAAUGCAGGUAAUGGGCCAGGCUUUUCAGGAAGCGAGAAAAGCAUAUCUGAAAAGGGUGUCGACGUCUCUUGUGAUGAUAUUACCUUUGCUUAUCCUCGUCGACCUAAGCUACAGGUUCUGCGGGGAGUUGAUAUCAGCAUCGAAUCAGGUAAAAUGGUGGCUCUGGUAGGAGCAUCUGGAUGUGGAAAGUCAACCAUGAUUGCACUUUUGCAGCGUUUCUAUGACCCUACAACUGGCACAAUACAAGCAGAUGGUCAAGAUAUCAAGACAAGGGACAGGCGCCUACACAGACGAGACAUUGCACUUGUUCAGCAAGAGCCGGUUUUGUAUCAAGGCUCCAUCAGGGAGAACAUCUCCCUCGGCAUUGAAGAGGGUGAUCCCUCCGAAGCUGAAAUUAUCGAGGCCUGCAAGCAAGCCAAUGUCUACGAAUUCGUCUCUUCCCUCCCCGAAGGACUUACUACGUCCUGUGGUAACCAAGGUCUUUCACUCUCAGGCGGCCAGCGUCAACGAAUUGCCAUCGCCAGGGCACUAAUACGCAAGCCUCGCCUAUUACUCCUCGAUGAAGCCACCAGCGCACUCGACACGGAGAGCGAAAAGGUAGUUAAGGAGGCACUGGACCGAGCCGCUGAGGGAAGAACGACGGUCGCGGUAGCACAUCGGCUAAGCACGAUUCGAGAUGCCGAUGUGAUCUGCGUCUUCGCAGGAGGAAAGAUCGUUGAGAGAGGAAGACACGACGAGCUUGUUGCAAAGAGGGGGCUUUACUACGAGAUGGUAUUGGGGCAGUCCUUAGACAGGGAGGCAUAG